AUGGGAAUCUCGGGACUGUUACCUCUCCUCAAGGACAUCCAGAACAGCAAACACCUCUCUGAAUUUCGCGGACAGACCCUGGCGGUGGAUGGAUAUGUGUGGCUCCACAGAGGCAUAUACGGCUGUGCUGCGGAGAUUUCGACGGGGAAGAAAACAACAAGAUAUGUCGAAUAUGCAAUGCACAGAGUGCGCCUCCUGCGCCACUACGGAAUCCAACCCUAUCUGGUAUUUGAUGGCGGGCCGCUACCGGCGAAGCAAGGUACUGAGUCCGACCGCAAGCAACGGCGCGAGGAGAACUUAGCCCGCGCGAAUGCUCUCGCGGCGCAAGGCAACCAUAGUCAAGCGCGUGAGUUCUACGUGAAAUGCGUGGACGUGACGCCUCAAAUGGCAUAUCAGCUCAUCAAGGCUCUGCGUGCGGAGGGCGUGGCGUACGUCGUCGCGCCGUACGAGGCGGAUGCGCAGCUGGCGUACCUCGAGCGCAUCGGCCUCGUGGACGCAAUCAUUACCGAAGACUCGGACCUGCUCGUGUUUGGCUGCAAGACCGUGCUCUUCAAACUCGACACAACCGCUGCGACCGUAUCGUCGAUAUCCCGAACCGACUUCGCCGCCGUCACGGGAGGGCUCUCGCUGCUCGGCUGGUCUGACGCGCAAUUCCGCGCGAUGGCUAUCCUCAGCGGAUGCGAUUACCUGCCAAGCAUCCCCGGAAUCGGGCUCAAGACGGCGUGGACGCUCCUCCAGAAAUACAAGACGGUGGCGAAGACGGUGAACGCGCUGCUGCUCGAGGGCAAGAAGAAGGUGCCCCCGGGGUACCUCGGCGCGUUCAGCCUCGCAGAGAAGGUGUUUCUGUACCAGCGCGUGUACGACCCCACGCUGGAGCAGCUCGUCCAUUUGACGUCGCUUCCUGAAGACGAAGGCUGGGACGCGGAGAAGGAAGCAUAUGUCGGAGCGUGA